UCAAUUUCCCUGUCAGUUCCAUGGGGCUCCUUGCUACAGGAUAAUUGUGCACUGGAAGUGAAAGGGCUAGAAAUGGUCUUCCGACCUAGACCUCGCCUAGCAACCGGUUCUGAGCCUAUGUAUUGGUCAAGUUUUAUGACCAGCAGCAUGCAAUUGGCAAAAGAAUGUCUCAGCCAGAAACUAACAGAUGAACAAGGAGAAGGAUCCCAGCCUUUUGAAGGACUUGAAAAGUUUGCUGAAACCAUUGAAACAGUACUAAGAAGAGUAAAAGUCACUUUUAUAGACACUGUUUUGAGAAUCGAACACGUGCCAGAAAAUUCCAAAACUGGAACUGCACUUGAAAUUCGAAUAGAAAGGACUGUAUACUGUGAUGAAACUGCUGAUGAAUCCUCGGGAAUGAAUGUACAUCAGCCUACAGCUUUUGCUCACAAGUUACUUCAGCUCUCUGGAGUGUCUCUCUUCUGGGAUGAGUUUUCUGCAUCAGCAAAAUCUUCCCCAGUGUGUUCAACUGCACCAGUGGAAACUGAGCCAAAGCUCUCACCUAGCUGGAACCCCAAAAUUGUUUAUGAGCCACACCCACAACUGACCAGAAAUUUACCAGAGAUAGCACCCUCUGACCCAGUGCAGAUUGGAGGGUUAAUUGGUAGGUUGGAGUUGAGUCUCACGCUGAAACAGAAUGAAGUACUUCCUGGAGCUAAGUUGGAUGUUGAUGGACAGAUAGAUUCUAUUCAUCUAUUCCUGUCACCAAGACAAGUGCAUUUGCUUUUGGAUAUGUUGGCAGCUAUUGCUGGACCAGAAAAUUCUAGCAAAAUAGGGUUAGCUAAUAAAGAUAGGAAAAAUCGACCCAUGCAACAGGAAGAUGAGUAUCGAAUUCAGAUGGAAUUGAACCGAUAUUAUUUGAGGAAAGAUUCCCUCUCUGUAGGUGUGUCUUCAGAGCAAAGCUUUUAUGAGACAGAAACAGCGCGGACACCUUCUAGCCGUGAAGAAGAGGUUUUCUUCUCCAUGGCGGAUAUGGACAUGUCGCAUAGUCUCUCUUCUCUUCCACCCCUUGGAGACCCCCCUAACAUGGAUCUUGAGUUAUCUUUAACUAGUACUUAUACAAACACCCCUGCGGGAUCUCCUUUAAGUACAACUGUGCUUCAGCCCACGUGGGGAGAUUUUGUUGAUCAUCAUAAAGAGCAGCCAGUAAGAGGGUCAACGUUUCCAUCCCAUCUAGCUCACCCGGCAUCUUUACAGAAGACAGCUCUCCCGUCUAGGUCUGUGUCGGUGGAUGAAUCCAGGCCUGAACUCAUUCUCAGAUUAGCUGUGGGGGCUUUUUCAAUUUCUGUGCUUCACAUUGAUCCUUUAUCUCCACCUGAAACAUCCCUGAACCUCAAUCCAUUGACACCUAUGGCGACGGCUUUCUUUACUUGUAUAGAAAAGAUUGAUCCAGCAAGAUUCUCAACAGAAGAUUUUAAGUCUUUCCGAGCAGUAUUUGCUGAAGCUUGCUCACAUGACCACCUUAGAUUUAUAGGUACUGGUGUUAAAGUAUCCUAUGAACAAAGACAAAGAUCAGCUUCCCGAUAUUUUAGUACCGAUAUGUCCGUUGGACAAGUGGAGUUUCUGGAGUGCCUGUUUCCAACUGAUUUUCAUUCUGUUCCUCCUCACUAUACAGAGCUCUUAAUGUUCCAUUCCAAAGAAGGAACUGAUUCCCACCUGCCUGUGUGUCUUCAGCUUCAUUACAAGCAUUCUGAGAAUAGAGGACCCCAGGGUAAUCAAGCAAGACUUAGUUCAGUUCCUCAGAAGGCAGAAUUACAAAUUAAAUUAAAUCCAGUAUGUUGUGAACUGGAUAUCAGUAUUGUGGACAGGUUAAAUUCCUUGCUUCAACCACAAAAACUUACUACAGUAGAGAUGAUGGCAUCCCACAUGUAUACGUCAUAUAAUAAGCAUGUUAGUCUGCACAAGGCUUUCACUGAAGUAUUUCUAGAUGAUUCACAUAGUCCUGCAAAUUGUCGGAUAUCAGUGCAAGUUGCCACACCAGCAUUAAACCUUUCUGUGCGCUUCCCGAUACCUGAUCUUCGAUCAGAUCAGGAAAGAGGACCAUGGUUUAAGAAGUCGCUUCAGAAGGAGAUGCUUCUUCUAGCCUUCACAGAUCUAGAAUUCAAGACUGAAUUUAUAGGAGGAUCGACCCCAGAACAAAUUAAAUUGGAGCUUACUUUUAGAGAACUAGUUGGGUCAUUCCAGGAAGAGAAAGGAGAACCAUCUACUAAGUUUUUCCAUGUGUCUAGUGGAGUAGAUGGAGAUACAGCGUCGUCAGAUGACUUUGACUGGCCUCGAAUUGUACUAAAAAUAAAUCCCCCAGCCAUGCAUUCCAUUUUGGCGAGAAUAGCAGCUGAGGAAGAAGAGGAGAAUGAUGGUCACUAUCAGGAAGAAGAGGAAGGAGGUGCUCAUUCUCUGAAAGAUGUGUGUGAUCUCAGGAGACCAGCCCCAUCUCCUUUUUCUUCUCGUAGAGUCAUGUUUGAAAAUGAGCAGAUGGUGAUGCCAGGAGAUCCUGUAGAAAUGACAGAGUUUCAGGAUAAAGCAAUCAGCAACUCUCACUAUGUGCUGGAACUUACGUUGCCAAAUAUUCAUAUAACACUACCUAAUAAGAGCUUUUAUGAGAAGCUGUAUAAUAGGAUCUUUAAUGACUUGCUGCUGUGGGAGCCAACAGCCCCUUCUCCAGUGGAGACACUGGAAAAUAUUUCCUAUGGUAUUGGGCUUUCAGUAGCCAGUCAACUGAUUAAUACCUUCAACAAAGAGAGUUUUAGUCCAUUUAAAUCUACAGUUCACUAUGAUGAGGAAAGUGGAUCUGAGGAGGAGACUUUGCAGUGUUUUUCCACUGUUGAUCCCAACCGUCGUUCCCGUAGGAAGAAAAAACUAGACUCUCCGAACAAGAAUUCACAGAGUUUUCUCUCGGUUCUUCUGAAUAUUAAUCAUGGAUUAAUGGCAGUGUUCACAGAUGUAAGGCAGGAUAAUGGAGAUCUGUUGGAAAACAAGCAUGGCGAAUUCUGGUUAGAGUUCAGUAAUGGGUCAUUGUUUUGCGUGACAAAAUAUGAAGGUUUUGAUGACAAGCACUACAUCUGCCUUCAUUCUAGCAGCUUCAGUCUGUACCACAAAGGCGUAGUAGAUGGAGUAGUUCUUCCUACCGAAAUGCGCCUGCCCAGUUCAACACGCCCACACUGGUUGGAACCCACCAUUUAUUCCUCUGAAGAAGAUGGCCUCAGUCGAACUUCAUCAGAUGGAGUUGGAGGAGACAGUUUGAAUAUGCUUUCUGUUGCAGUUAAAAUAUUGUCUGAUAAGUCAGAGUCCAAUACAAAGGAAUUUCUCAUUGCCGUAGGACUGAAAGGAGCCACUCUCCAGCAUAGAAUGCUUCCUUCUGGGCUUAGCUGGCACGAGCAGAUUUUGUACUUCUUGAAUAUUGCUGAUGAACCAGUUUUGGGAUAUAAUCCUCCAACUUCAUUUACAACUUUUCAUGUUCAUCUUUGGAACUGUGCACUUGAUUAUAGGCCCCUUUAUUUGCCCAUCCGAUCUCUUCUUACUGUUGAAACCUUCAGCAUUUCUAGCAGUGCUGCAUUGGAUAAAUCUUCUUCAACUCUCAGAAUAAUUUUGGAUGAAGCUGCUUUACAUCUAUCUGACAAAUGUAACACUGUCACUAUAAAUUUGCAUAGAGAUUAUGUUCGUGUGAUGGAUAUGGGGCUUUUGGAAUUAACCAUAACUGCAGUGAAGUCUGAUUCUGAUGGAGAACAAACUGAGCCCCGCUUUGAGUUACACUGUUCCAGCGAUAUUGUCCAUAUCAGAACAUGCUCAGACUCUUGUGCUGCGUUAAUGAACCUCAUUCAGUACAUUGCAAGCUACGGAGACUUGCAUGCGCCUAACAAGACAGAAGUGAAGCCUGGAGCCCCUCAAAGAAAGUCGAAGGUACAGUCCACGGUGCUGACCUCAGCGGAUCCCAGCGGUGCUGAAGCCGACCAGCAGGUUUUACGAGACCUGAUGAGCGAUGCCAUGGAGGAGAUGGACGCGCAGCAGGCCGCCGCGUCCGCGAAGCCGCAGGCCCACGGAGUUUUGGAUGAAAAGUGUCACAUCCAGGAACCGUGCUGUUCAGACCUCUUCCUGUUUCCAGAUGAGAGUGGGAAUGUGUCCCAGGAGCCAGGCCCUGCGUACACCUCGUUCACUCAUCACUUGGUUAGUGAUGCAACAGGUGGACCCACGGAAAGCGAUGACUUUUGCAUUCUUUUUGCACCAAAAGCAGCCGUCCAGGAGAAGGAGGAAGAGCCAGUCAUAAAAAUCAUGGUUGAUGACGCGAUUGUGAUCAGAGACAACUACUUUAGCCUGCCGGCUAGGAAGACAGACACCAGCAAAGCCCCGCUGCACUUUCCUGUCCCCGUCGUCCGGUAUGUGGUGAAGGAGGUCUCUCUUGUGUGGCACCUUUACGGAGGAAAGGAUUUUGGAACAGCCCCUCCCACUUCGCCAGCUAAAAGUCACAUUAGUCCCCACGGUUCGCCUUCUCACACGCCCACAAGACAUGGACGUGGUAUGGUAUGUGGCGGAAAAGGAAGGAACCAUGAUUUUUUGAUGGAAAUACAGUUAAGCAAGGUGAAGUUUCAGCAUGAAGUGUACCCCCCAUGCAAGCCAGAAUGCGAUUCCAGCCUCUUAGAACACCCAGUCUCUCGACAGGUGUUCAUUGUUCAGGAUCUUGAGAUUCGAGAUCGUCUGGCAACAUCACAAAUGAAUAAAUUUUUGUACCUGUAUUGCAGUAAAGAAAUGCCUCGGAAAGCUCAUUCCAACAUGUUGACAGUGAAAGCCUUGCAUGUGCGUCCAGAAUCUGGCAGGUCGCCGCAGGAAUGCUGCCUGAGGGUGUCCCUGAUGCCGCUCCGCCUCAAUAUUGACCAGGAUGCCCUGUUCUUCCUAAAGGAUUUCUUCACGAGUCUCUCUACAGAAGUGGAGCUUCUGUUGACUCCAGAUCCAGAAGUUAAAAAGUCUCCUGGAGCAGAUGUCACCUGCAGUCUGCCAAGGCAUUUGAGUACCUCAAGGGAGCCAAAUCUCGUUCUUUCUUUCCCUGGGCCAAAACCACCUUCCCACAGUGACAGUGCCAAUCCCAUGGAGGUGGUUAAUGGGGCGGAGGAGAAGGCCUUCUCUGCUGAGGAAGCAUCGUUUGGUGACCAGCCUGUGUUUUUUAGAGAAUUUAGAUUCACAUCCGAAGUUCCGAUUCGACUUGAUUAUCAUGGCAAACACGUAUCAAUGGAUCAGGGUACAUUAGCUGGGAUUUUGAUUGGUCUGACUCAGUUAAACUGCUCAGAACUAAAACUGAAGAGGCUUUUUUAUCGGCAUGGCUUGCUAGGUGUCGACAGAUUAUGCUCAUACGCAAUCUCUGAGUGGCUCAACGACAUUAAGAAGAACCAGCUACCAGGCGUCUUGGGAGGCGUUGGGCCUCUGCAUUCACUGGCGCAGCUAGUGCAAGGCCUCAAGGACUUGGUCUGGUUACCCAUCGAGCAGUACCGGAAGGACGGCCGCAUCAUGCGAGGACUCCAGAGAGGUGCUGCUUCCUUUGGCACCUCAACAGCAAUGGCUGCGCUAGAACUCACAAACAGGAUGGUUCAAACUAUACAGGCAGCAGCAGAGACAGCUUAUGACAUGGUGUCUCCCGGUACCCUUUCUAUCGAGCCCAAGAAGACUAAAAGAUUUCCUCAUCACCGGCUAGCUCAUCAGCCAGUAGACCUGAGGGAAGGUGUGGCCAAGGCCUACAGUGUUGUGAAAGAGGGAAUCACAGACACAGCCCAGACCAUUUACGAGACAGCGGCUCGAGAACACGAGAGCAGAGGGGUGACCGGCGCUGUGGGCGAGGUUCUGCGCCAGAUCCCUCCGGCGGUGGUGAAGCCUCUGAUUGUUGCCACGGAAGCGACAUCAAAUGUGUUGGGUGGCAUGAGAAACCAGAUCAGACCGGAUGUCCGGCAGGACGAAUCGCAGAAGUGGCGCCACGGGGAAGACUGAGGUGCAGACACGCCUCCUGGUGAGGGUGGCGAGAGUGGAACUAAGAAGCGUCGCAUCCCGCUGGCAGCUGCAGAGGAAACUCAUUCAAUUGUGUCGUGCUCAUCUCAGGAACAACAGCAUUUUUUAGUUAAAUAAUUUAAUGUCAAAACAACAAGCAACCAAAAACUUCUGGCAUUGUAGGGCUAGUUUGGGUACUUGCCUGUAGAAAUGUUUGGUAGCUGGGGUGUCAAAGGUCCUUAAAGCAUUUGCUGCCAAGUUAGUGAAGGCUUACUUUUAUUAAGAUUAAUUCUCCUUGUUACAGGCGAGAUAUCAUUGGAAACCUCCUUCUAACACUAUCUGUAUAGCUCUGUGGAGUUUAUUUUUCUCAAGGUUUAAAAAGAAUCACAGCUUCAAACUUUCAUUGAGAAUGAAAGACAGAAGCUACAGGGGAAGCAAAGCAAAUAGGAUUUUCAGCAUAUAUAUCAGUGUGGAAAAAAUACCCUUCUCUGUUGGAUUUAGUGUUCAUGAACUUGAGAACAACAUCAUUUCCAUUUACUCAGAACAUCCUUCUGUGGGGGUUUGAGAAAGUGAAUGUCACAGACGUGUUCUGUUGUGUUGCACUUUAUCCUGUGUGUGUAUGUGUUUAGAUUAAUACGAGUCAUGUCUAUACACUUUAUGUAAAAGAGACACAAAAUACGAAGAGGCUGAAAGCUCUUGGCAAAGGAAGGUCACCCAAAUGUGCCUUCCUUUAUUUAAAAUGUAAGUGAGAACGUGCAUUCUCUAAUGAACGGGGCCCAUGUGACUGCUCACUGUUCCGUGUCAAGCAGGCAUAGUUAUGCAAGGUCGUUGAGAAUGUGUGGAAGGGAGAUCAGAAGUGGGUUUUACUGUUAAAAUUAAACAAAAGUCCUCCAAAUAUGCCCUGAUCAGCUAUUUCGAUGUCCGUUUUUACUUGGUUGACAGUGUACAUUUUGAUAACCUGUCAGGAAUGAAUAAAGUAUUUUUAUUUAAAGGUAA